UCGGUGGCUUCACAUCAACCUCAUCACAACUACAACCGGCUCAUUAGCAGCAGCACUCGUACCAGCAGCAGCAGCAGCAGCAAAAUGAUCAGCGGAAAGUUCCAGAUCUUGCUCGUUGGGCUGGUGGUGCUAACGGUCGCUCUGCGCGGCUCAUCCGCACAAACCACUAACGGUACCAAGGGCGAAGGUGCUCCCGUAACCGAGGUAACGACACAGCAGACGGAGAACCAGGAGGCUUCGACUUCGACCGAGCAACCAUCGCGUAUCUUGACCGCACUGCGGCUCGAGAUCGAACGCCGUCGUAAGGAACGGAAGCAGCGUGAACAGGAGCGUCGCGAACAGAUCCUAAGCAGCCUCGAUGGAUUAAGUGAUCGUAAGCGUGAGUUUGAGCUGCGUCGCCAGCAAGCCCAAGCUAAUGCCGAGGAGGCACGAGAAGCACGCCGACAGGAAAUGGAAGCACGCCGUGCCGGCCGCCUGCCAGCUCGUGAACGGGAGCGUAUUAACCGGCAACGCUUAGCCCUGCUGGCGGAGCAGACCGCCCAGGAGGAGAAUGAAAUCGAGAACGAUUCGCUGCCGGUGCUGGAUGAUGUGGUGGAAACGCAGGAUGCUGACGUGGAUCUGAUGGGCGGUGGUGGUGGUCAGCGUGUUCGCAAUCUGCUGCUGAUCGAAGAGAGCGAUGGUAAUCUGCGGUUGAUCGAUCUGGAUACCGAAGAAGGGCAGCGGUUUUUGCGUGACGAGGCAAAGCAACGCGCGGAAGGUGAGGCGAACGGUAGUGAUCAACAGACAGCGGAACAGGUGCCGAUCGAAGCGAGUCUCAAACUGAAGACGGGUCAGCUUUAACAACAGUUAGCGAUCGUUGAUUAAUCGUUUCAUUUUUUAGCCAAUUCAUUCUACGUCUUACUUAGUCUAUUGUUAAUCUCAUCUUUUGAAUUUUGCCAUGCUUUGUUUCGUUUAGUUUAGGAAGU